UUUUUUUCUUUUAGCUAUGAUAUAGAAGAAUGCAAGAACUGUGAGUGUGACAAAUUGACCUACAGUAGCAGUUAUGACCGUAUUGCGCUUGGUAGCGCAAAAUGUGUAAGACGAACCUCUAGGUACCAGGAAGCUAGAAACAUGCAAGGAGAUGCUCUUCCCGAAGAUUUUGAGGAUGGACCAGAUAUUUGGUUCCGCUUUGUUUCUGAUGAUUCUGUUUUUUACAAAGGAUUCAACUUGUCCUAUAUCGUCAUUUCCGAAACGCGUAAGUUAAUCCCUUUUCUGUCCCUUUUUCUAGUUAUUAACAAUCCGGAAAAUUUCAAGUUGCAAUAUAUUCAAAAAGCAUGAAGCAAAAAAGCGAAAGUACUGCUUCAUUAUUAGUUUCUUUCAUUUAAUGAAGUUUAACCACCGACCCGACUCAGGAAGCUCGAAGUACACACAAAAAUUACAUGAUGCACAUUACAUUGUUAAAUUACUUUAUACUACUACUACGUGAAAAAUUUCUGCAAUUUGAUUGGCUUAGAUCGAGAGCAGUGGUAUUUCAACUUAAUUUGAAAUCCCUACAUGUGAAAAUUACAAACCUUUUGCGGUUAGUAUAAUAGCAUGAAUUGUACGUGAUAUUUGGCGUAAAUUAUAAUCCUGAGAGAAUAUUCAGUGUGUUAAGGAUUUCCCUACUGUACUGUUAGCUCUAUACAAGAGAGGAAGGGCGAUUCCUUUUUAAUUUCCGUUUCGCUGACACAGCGUUAGCAGAAAUCUCUCUGUAGUCGUUUUCGUCGACAAAACCAAUAGCAAUAUCGCUCUCCGCGUCUUCCGCCAUUUUGUUCUGCGUCAAUUCGUGAAGGACGCGUGGCUCUGAGCGUGGGUCACCCACGCGGAACACAUUCGCGCUAUGUGAUUGGCUGUUGUCUAAUCCCCCUUGGGAUCUGUGGUCUUAAAAAUAACUCGAGACGAAUUACCUAUGAAAUAGGGUGUGUAUGGGGGAUGCCUUCUCUAUCCCCUUUAUCCUCUCUUGGCGCUAUUUAAUACUAAUAUUUUAUAGAACCAAAAAACACAAACAUUGAUCCCAUCAUCAUCAGCAGCAGCAGCAUCAUCGUUAUUAGUAAUGUUAUUAUCGCACUAUUGCAUAUCGUUGCCAACGUCAAUGACUGCUAAUUUUGUAGUGGAAAUUUCGAAUGCGAUAGAACCGACAUGAAACAAAAUAGACAAUAAUAGUCAGAAAAUACGACAUCGCAAAGUGUGGCCCAGCUAAGGUAACAAAAAUUUCAAAAAUGCAAAUACGAAAAGAACUGAAAACUUAAGUACAAUGAUACUAACAAAAGAUCUCCGCCGUCUCGAACGUUUAUGCUCAAGUUCCAUCUUCUAUGUAAGUUGUAACAACAAGGCAUUUUUCGCCUUUUGUUGCCACAAUUUUUUUCUUUCUAGCUAAAUAUUGAGGUGUCUCUGCCUAGAGCUUUGAAGUACGCUACUUGUUUCGCAAAAUAUGUCCAUGAUGAUAAACCAUCCAAGACCUAUAUAACUUACUACCAACCAAGCAUUUGCCCAUUUUUGAUUUUAGAUUAUUCGCCGUAACUCAAGUACGACACUAUUUGAAGGCCCAAACAUUCUUAUCAGUUUUUUAAACGCCGAAAUUUCCCGCUACCCUGGUCUGCCUCAGGAGAAGUAAAUACGUGAGAUAAUCUGAAAAGCCAGCAUAUGGGUCACGAAAACGAGUAUUAACUUUGCACAGUUGAUUGUAAACUUGACAUCUGUGGGUAGGCCACGAAAACGCUCCAAAUCCUUCUUUAACAAUGAAUGACGUAUCUGUUUAAGAUAAUUAAUGUGUCUGCCAACUUCUUGAUUUUGUCAGACACCUUACUAUUCGAGUAUUUUUCGCUUUGAGGGAAAAGUUAUGGAAUUGGAUUUUGCCAAUAAAUUCAAUAAUAUGACUUCAUAAUGACAUCAAAUUACGUCUUGAUUGUGUCAAUCAAGUUAUGCCUAGAUGUUGGAAAUCAAUAAUACAUUAUUCUGUGUUAUUGUGGUGACCGUUUUAUGAGUGGCCCUUAUAUAAAUAAUCAUCAUCAUAAAACAUCCUCAAUAAUAAUAACAAUAAACAAUUAUUUAUUGUUGUUAUUAUUGUUGUUGUUGUUGUUGUCGAUGAUGAUACUUAUUAUUGGGUAUACUUAGUCCACAGACUAUCCAUUUCUUUUUUAUUACAAAGUGCGAUAGGUAUUACAAAGUACGACAGAGACUCUGUUGCUUUAAAGCCCUUUGUGUAGUAUUGCAUCAUAUCCACAACAGUCAUGACAAUUUGACACUUUACUACCCCUCCCUUGGGAGAAAUCCUUGUUAACUCCCAGACUAUGGGAGCCACGUGACCAACUGUAACUGAGGUCCUUUCUCGAAGAAGAAAGGUAUAAGACCCUACGGCCAAGCUUAAGGUUAUCUGAUAAACAAUGUGUGUCGCAUUUUUGGUAUCGCUGAUCAUGAUAACAAUUUUUCAUAACUGUGGUGUAAAGGUAACGAUCCAAAAGACGGUCAUUUGUAGCCUCCUUCUCAUCCUACUUCCUAUUUAAAUGAUUUCUUUAAGGGGUCAAGUAGAGAUUGAACCACGCACAAAUUGGUCUCGUUUAGUGUUUAGGGGUUUAAUUUCAACCCUCUGAAGGGGAACCGGACCCCAAUCCCGUGGGAAGUUCUUCCCUAGAGUGAAAUCAAGUAUCAAGCCUCAAUCGAUAGAGUGGAUACAAACUAACAUCGAUUCACUUGAACAAUGAAUUUAUCGCGGGUCAUCAAACUUUGAUAUAGUACUUUUAAUUAUUAAUUUGACUCGCUCUAUUUUUUUUAAAUUAAGUUAACCAUCGGUGAGUGUAAAGAAAGUGUCAAGUCGUUUCGAACACCUUUAAGCCUCUCAUUCAAAUAAACAAAUGUACUGUAGCAAUAAAAUGAAGUUAUAGGUGACCUUUACAUUGUUGUCCUUCUUUAUUCUUAACGACGGCUUUAAACUGUCCAUCAGAGGUUAACAAAGCGCAUUAGAACGGAAUUACGUAAAGAAGAACCUUUUUUUUGUUCACUUCUCAGUAAAAGAUCUCGUUAACUUAGGUAAAAGCAGUAAGGAUACGGGACCUACAUAGGUCUCGUAAAUUUACGUGCUAUUUUUCCCGCAAAAAAAGUUUUAUGCAACACCCGUAUAAUUUCUGUUGCAUAAACGACACUUAAGUGAACACUUACGAAAAUCGUAAGUGCAACCACUUAAGUGAGUUCCCUAACUGGAUCACUUAAGUGAUUUAAUGCAACUCACUUAAGUUACGAGUGCACGUACGUAUACCUGUAGUUAUUACAGGCGUUUUAUGCAACCAGACCCAGGCCCUAUUUUUUCUAGGGUUUUUGUGACGUCAUCACUUCUCUUCUCUAUUCUGCAUGCAUUCCAUUUUGCUUAAACCCGUAUGAUUUGAUCUGUACAUGUAGCUACAUGUGUCGGCUAAAAAAUAAUAAUACAUUAAGGAUAAGAAAAGCAGAAAGGAAACUUAAAAAAAAAAUUUUCUUGUUGAGCUUACACUGGUGCAAUUUUAAGUGUUAUAAAAACUCGUGCUCCUAUUUUCCUACCAUUAAAUGAUGGCAAUUUAGUGGCGAACCUAGAGUGGCCUGAGUCGGAACCAAAUUUUUAGAGGCCCGCAGGGCUGACAAAGGUGUUUAGAGAGUACUGGACAAGUCGUAAGGUACUUGUCAACUCCCCCACCCACCCCACCCCUUCCCCGGCACUUGUUAAAGGUCUGAAGAAGUCAUUGCAUUGUCACUGGGAUGGAACAACAUUAUUGCAUGGUUCUUUUACUUUUGAUUUAGCUUCUCCUGACUUUAGUAGCGUCCUAAAUGCAACGGAAGAUGAAACCUUUGAGAUUGGCACCCCAAAAGUUGGUGAAUCGAAAAACUAUCCUGAGGGUUUCAAAUGGGAAUGGUUCUUAAUUGUUCCUGAAGGACGGCAGGUAGAGCUUACCUUUGAAAUAUUCGAACUGGAGCAAAGCACAGACUGUGAGAACGACUAUCUGGAGGUGAGACAAGCCCUCUUUCGAUUGCCGUCCUUACGUCUCCUAAGGUUGGAUGGAACGUAUGGUUCAAUUCUCUCCAAACCCGUAUGUGGUACCAACAAGCCUAGUACGAUUAGGAGCGUGGGUAACAUGGUCUGGGUACAUUUCAAGAGUGACCGCAACGCUACUACUACUUACAGAGGAUUCAAAGCCUCUUUUAAAGCAGGUGUGUAUAUGAACAUAAGUAACUAUAAGGCGUUAGUUAUGUCAGGGCUCGAACUUAACUUUUGAACUUAAUAGUCAAAUGGCUAGUACAUGCUCGGCCUUUACUGGCCAUAAACGUGUUUCUACUAGUCUAGGCACUUCUGUACAGCAUAAAAUAAAAAAAUGUCAAAAAUCCUGUUGUCAUCAAACGUUAAUAAAAACUGCAGCAUAAGAAAAAUUUAAAUGCAUCUUGUCUUGUAUGUUUAGUUACAAUACAACUAGGGUAUCUAAAAGAUAGUAAUGCUGCGGCACAUUCUGUUGAUACUGGCAUUAGUUAGGCAGUGAGACUUAAAAGAAUCAAAAAUGACAUUGAAUGUCCUAUUUACAUGUUGGAAAGUACUAGAAUAAUUACUACCAGUCUAUAGAAAGAACUCGUGGGAACGUUGCUUAGAAAAUGAUCAAGUGGUUAUCAACUCUGGUUUUCCCGCAGUAAAUUGUAGGAAAUAAUAGAAAUUCAGAUCGUUUAUCCAUAUAAUUAAUAUACGGUGCACGAUAUUUUCUCUGGAAACACAAUACUUUUCUUACUGUUUGUUUUACUUUAUUAAGUAACAGUUAUUUAGCUAUAUAUUUAUAGAAAACAACAACACAAAAAACGGGAAAAAAAAAAAAGGAAUUAAUGACUCAGUAGGAUUCGAACCCGGCACCUUCGACUCGACGCGACUACACUUAACCACUACACCACAGAGACUGAUAACGAAAUUUUGAGGGAAAGUCUUUCCUUUUAUUCCUUUUCCAUGAAACUUCCGCCGGCAAGAUCAUCGCCAGCCACAUUAACCGAGCUAUUAACAGUGAAAAAACAAUGUAAACGCAUAUUCCAUGGCAAUAAAUGAAUGAACGAACAUAAUUAUGCUUUUCAAAACGCCGAUACACGUCCUCGUCUGCAAAGUAGGACACAAAACAUAUGUUUUGUUAUCUCGAUUUCCGCUGUUAUUUUGAAGCGAAUGGUCAAAAUCACAUCCAUGUUCGGCACAUACAGUUUCUUAAGAAUAGCAUUGCAUGAUAUUUUCUCACUUUCACAUCACCUUCUAGCAAGCUGGAAUUUGUAUAUCCCCCGUGUUGCGAAGUCGAAGAGUAAAAAAGGCUCUUGAGUCAAAAAAGGCUCUUGAAUUGAAAUCCAAUCCCCAAGUUAACCAUCGUACUCAUCUGAAAGACUCAUCUGGUAAGACCUCUAACUUUGCUGUAGAAAAUUUGCCAGAAAGAAAACUCUAAGUCUGUGCAGCGAACGAUGCACUCUCUCACCCACCGAACUUCCCCGUGUUUUUAUUUGAGUUGUUCGUGGCGCAAUGCACUCUGGUUAAAUGCAAUGCAUUGUGGUAAAAAGUGAUGAAUUCGAGAAUUCGUCGCCCCUUAUAUAUUUCCUUUAAAUCCUGAUUAUGUUGCUGCUCGCUCCCUUCGGUCGCUCCGCAGCAAUAAUAAAUUUUACUGAACUCUACUAACAAGAACCCAACAGCACUUGUGCUGGUCUGCAGGUUAAAGUCCAGCAACCAGCACCUACACGAUGCAUAGUAGUAGUGCUGACACUACAGACAGUAUAAUAAAUCAGUUCAUGAAGUUCUUUCCUGACAUCGCAAGAAAUUGAAAUGAUGAUCAAUUUCAUUGAAGGCUUCAAUGAUUAGUAGUCCUUCAGUGUAGGUCGUCUGCUCCGUUCUGACUCCUCCAACCAGCGCCCAUCUGCAAGAACUGCACUAUAGUCCUCAUGAGAAGGUCUACUGAUAACUAUUCUCACCAGGUCCGUACAAAUUUUCGUUUUGAUGAAGAUUUACAUGUAGACGUGCUGCCUCCAGCAGAAUCAUCGCUUGCUCUCUUUAGACCUUUAGUUGUUUUAUUUGACAACAGAAAUACCCUAAUAUCCAUGACAAUCACGCGUGGACUGUGAUCGUAGAUUUGCAUUUCAAGAUGGCGGACAUUUGUUUUUUGGCUAGCUUUGCAUCAUGGGGACGGCUUGGCCCAUGCUCCCUGGUCAUACAAAAUUUCAAGAUGGCAGGGAAUAAACGCGAAACUGAAAACCGAAUUAACAAAUAUUAUUCUUAUGUAGAAUUACUUUUCUUUCUUUUAUUCAUGCCGGUUGUUAAUGGGGGAAUGAAAUAAGAGGCUGCUAGAAGGUGCGGAUCAACUGGGAAAAUGUUGAAAACAUUUCAAGGCUUAUGUUGUAGUAAAUGAGCUAAAUCCACUAGCCAAUUGUAUUUUACUUAAUUUAGUGUUUCAUCAGUUCCUUGCACCUCGACCGUUGAGUGUACCUGUUGACUGAGUUAUCAUGCGAACUUGAACGUUUCUUCUUCCAUGCUAAAUAUGCUUUCUUUUACACGUUUCUUUCCACAAAAAACCAGCCAAUAAAAGAAAGAAAAGAAGAAAGGAAUAAAAGUCUGCAAGACAGGAUAUUCGCUAAGCUAAUCAGUAGAAAUAACAACACUUUUUUAGAGAAGGAUUAGUUUGCCGUUUCAUAUUUUUCUUCUUUAGAGAGCUGCUCUUCUGUUUUGACUCGCCAUACGUAGCCUGUUCUUGACGUUCAAAUAGUGGGGACAGGGAAGUAGAAGUGAGCAGCAAAACAGUGAGGGGGUAGAGUAGGGGAUGAGGGUUCUCUCUUCCUCCUUACUUUUUCCCCGCUCUCUUAAUUCGCGUCGCACUCCACUAUCUGAAGGCCUGGAACAGGCUCGGCCAUACAUGACACACUGACCAAAAUCACAGCGUGUCUCAUAAAAGGAUCCCACGAUAUUACAACAAAGUACACACAACGGCCACCCCUGACAAAGGCCAUUUUUUAGCCGACAGUCCAUACAUUCAUUUUUGUUUCAACCUCUCUACAAUGGCCACUUUCUUCUGUCCCUAAGGUGGCCGUUGUAGAGAGGUACUUUUAACUGUUCGGUAUAUUCUUUAAUUUUAAUUUCUUUUAAUUUUUGUAGGCCAGGGACGACUUUCCAUCUUGCAUCCGAUGGCCCUUUUGUUCCUCUCAGCUCUGCUAAUGGCUACGUCAAAGGACAAUCUGUUCUGA